CCUCAAACCACGCCCACACCCCUGACGUCAUCCGCUAGGCGAGGAGUGACGCCGAGACUGUCCAAUGAGAUGUUUGGGGAGGGCGGGGCUUCUGCUGUGAGCAAAAAGGCCUAUCUCGGUUUCUUGGACUGGGCCAUAGACUAAUGGAGGAAGCUCCUGAGACCACCCGGAGAGGGGGUACUAGUGACGUCAUGAGGGCAGGUAACAGGUCACAGUGCCGCGUGGUUAUUGUUAUUAUGGCUCUACCAAACGCUGCAUUGCUGCUGUAACCUGUAAUAACCUAACAGCCCUGCUAUAUCAUCACCUUAAUUACUAUCAGAACCAGCACACUACCUCUCAUUUAUUAUAUCAUCACCUUAAUUACUAUCAGAACCAACACUACCUCUCAUUUAUUAUAUCAUCACCUUAAUUACUAUCAGAACCAGCACUACCUCUCAUUUAUUAUAUCAUCACCUUAAUUACUAUCAGAACCAGCACUACCUCUCAUUUAUUAUAUCAUCACCUUAAUUACUAUCAGAACCUGCACUACCUCUCAUUUAUUAUAUCAUCACCUUAAUUACUAUCAGAACCAGCACUACCUCUCAUUUAUUAUAUCAUCACCUUAAUUACUAUCAGAACCAGCACUACCUCUCAUUUAUUAUAUCAUCACCUUAUUACUAUCAGAACCAACACUACCUCUCAUUUAUUAUAUCACCUUAAUUACUACCUCUCAUUUAUUAUAUCACCUUAAUUACUAUCAGAACCAGCACUACCUCUCAUUUAUUAUAUCAUCACCUUAAUUACUAUCAGAACCAGCACUACCUCUCAUUUAUUAUAUCAUCACCUUAAUUACUAUCAGAACCAACACUACCUCUCAUUUAUUAUAUCAUCACCUUAAUUACUAUCAGAACCAGCACUACCUCUCAUUUAUUAUAUCAUCACCUUCAUUACUAUCAGAACCAACACUACCUCUCAUUUAUUAUAUCAUCACCUUAAUUACUAUCAGAACCAGCACUACCUCUCAUUUAUUAUAUCAUCACCUUCAUUACUAUCAGAACCAACACUACCUCUCAUUUAUUAUAUCACCUUAAUUAUUAUCAGAACCAACACUACCUCUCAUUUAUUAUAUCACCUUAAUUACUAUCAGAACCAGCACUACCUCUCAUUUAUUAUAUCAUCACCUUAAUUACUAUCAGAACCAGCACUACCUCUCAUUUAUUAUAUCAUCACCUUAAUUACUAUCAGAACCAGCACUACCUCUCAUUUAUUAUAUCAUCACCUUAAUUACUAUCAGAACCAGCACUACCUCUCAUUUAUUAUAUCAUCACCUUAAUUACUAUCAGAACCUGCACUGCCUCUCAUUUAUUAUAUCAUCACCUUAAUUACUAUCAGAACCAGCACUACCUCUCAUUUAUUAUAUCAUCACCUUAAUUACUAUCAGAACCUGCACUGCCUCUCAUUUAUUAUAUCACCUUAAUUACUAUCAGAACCAGCACUACCUCUCAUUUAUUAUAUCAUCACCUUAAUUACUAUCAGAACCAGCACUACCUCUCAUUUAUUAUAUCAUCACCUUAAUUACUAUCAGAACCAGCACUACCUCUCAUUUAUUAUAUCACCUUAAUUACUAUCAGAACCAGCGCUACCUCUCAUUUAUUAUAUCAUCACCUUAAUUACUAUCAGAACCAGCACUACCUCUCAUUUAUUAUAUCAUCACCUUAAUUACUAUCGGAACCAACACUACCUCUCAUUUAUUAUAUCAUCACCUUUAUUAUCAGAACUCACACAACUAGCACUAACUCUCAUUUAUUAUAGUAUCACCUCUCAUCAACUAACAUCCCUAACUACAGACACCCCUAAGCUAUAGUAACAACAACCCCCAACUACAGACACCCCUAAACAAGAGCACCUACUAGAACCUCUCAACUACUAGCACCCCUAAACUAAAACAUCACCUCAACUACUAGCACCCCUAAACUACAGCAUCACCUCAACUACUAGCACCCCUAAACUAAAACAUCACCUCAACUACUAGCACCCCUAAACUAAAACAUCACCUCAACUACUAGCACCCCUAAACUACAGCAUCACCUCAACUACUAGCACCCCUAAACUAAAACAUCACCUCAACUACUAGAACCCCAUAAACUACAGCAUCACCUCAACUACUAGCAUCACCUCAACUACUAGCACCCCUAAACUAAAACAUCACCUCAACUACUAGAACCCAUAAACUACAGCAUCACCUUAACUACUAGCAACCCUAAACUACAGCAUCACCUCAGCUACUAGCACCCCUAAACUACAGCAUCACCUCAGCUACUAGCACCCCUAAACUAAAACAUCACCUCAACUACUAGAACCCAUAAACUACAGCAUCACAUCUCAACUGCUGGCACACCUAACUAAAACAUCACCUUAAUUGCUGACACCUAUAGCAUCAUCCUGACUGCUGACACUCGUAAAUAUAGCAUCAUCCUUGCGACUCUGUAAAAUGAUUCCACAGACACAAUGAUGGACUGAGAGUAGAGUUGUUGACACACAAUUUGAAUACAGCAGUGAUUCCUUUCUUUAAUUGUGCCAUAGUUUUGUGAAGUUACAGGGACAAACUGAGGAUCCCAAUUUUGACUUGUUACCUAGAUAUGUUUUAUUUUUGGACUGUUUCAAAGCAAUGCCAUGGACAAUAGACCUAUGGUUUGUAAAAGUACUGUGUUUUUUUUUUUAUUAUCAGAUUAAUUCCUGGUUUACAGUAAUGCCUCCAUGUAGAGCUGUAUCAAGGUUUUAGUCAACUCUGAGCUCUGAGUUUCAAAACAAACCCCACAAAAAUUAAAUGAUUUUUUAAUGAAUAAAAAGAGGGCACAUGCACAAAUAUAUUUCCCAUCACUAAUCAUAUCCAGUAAACAUGUCUGGCAUUCUUUAGAUUUUCAUUUGACAGUUUUGAUAUUAACAUCUGACAAAUAAAACUGUCUAAAAUAUAAAAGGGGGAUGCUUACAUAUAUUAUCUAAAUUAUUACUAAAUAAAUGUCCUGAUAUAUAUAGUUUCUGAACAUUGGCAGCUGUUACAAGACGUAUCUGCCAGCACAGAGCCAGAUUUUGAAGAACAACGAAGUGUGGUGUCAGUCUUCCUACACCUUUUAUGCUCUGCACAGGGUUUUGUUUUGUUUUAUUUUUUGGUAGUGGUUGUCAAAGACUCCAGCUAAUUUCCCUGCUGCAGUCACUGGUGACGCCUGGGGGAUCGACACUUCUUGAUGGCGGUAGGGUGUGACAGUGUCACUUUAAUAAAGGCGCAUUUAUGCAUAAAUAUAUUAUUAAUUAAGUACAUCAACAAACAGAUGAAAAUAAAAAGAGAAAAAUUAACAAAAUCCUAGUUACCUUACAAGUACAGUAAUUGUAUCUUCUGUUCAUCUAGGGCAAGCAUAUCAAACUCGCGACCCACAAUUAAUUUCUUUGCAGCCCAGCCAAUCAGGGGGGUGCAAAAAUUACUUGUCAGACUGACAAGUGAUUUCUGUGCCCACCUUGGCCUGCGCUCCCUGUGCCCCCAGGCAACAUGCCACAGUACACUGGGAGGGGACACACCUCCCUCUCUGCUUAGGAGCCCCGGGUGUCAAGUGACUACCUGGCACUCAGUCAGACACUGUGUGCCACCAGAGAGUAAGAGGCCCCCCUCCCUUGCUAUAUCAGGUGAGAAACAGCAGGGAGGGGGGCCAUCUAUCUAUAGGGCAGAGCAGAGCAGAGCCGAGCCGGCACUACCAUCACCUCAGGUGCCAUCUCUGUGAGAGAAACAGCUGUGGGAAGAGAGAAAUGGAAGAGAGGUAGAGAUGUGAGGGAGAGAUAUGGAAGGGAAGGAGACAUGGAGGGAAACAGACAUGGAUGAAAGGGGGAUAGACAUAGACAGAAGGUGAGAGAGACAUGGAGGGGACAGAGACAUGGAUGGAAGGGAGGGGGACAGAGACAUGGAUGGAAGGAAGGUAGAAUAGACAUGGAUAGGAGGGGGGUAGAAUAGACAUGGAUGGUAGGAGGGUAGAAUAGACAUGGAUGGGAGGGGGGGUACAAGAGACAUGGAUGGGAGGGGGUUAGAAGAGACCUGGAUGGGAGGGGGGUAGAAGAGACGUGGAUGGAAGGGGGAGUAGAAGAGACAUGGAUGGAAGUAGUAGAGACAAGUCUCCCCCCUUCAAUCCAUGUCUCUUCUACCCCCAGUAGAAGAGACAUGGAUGGAACGGGCGGUAGAAGAGACUUGGAUUGAAGGGGGGUAGAAGUGAGCAGAGUGAAGUGUGCAGCCACACCUCACUCUGCCAGGAGAUUGCAGAGGGACUAGGGAGCGAGCAGAGUGGAUAGUGCGGCUACCUACAUGGCUGAGAGUGCAGUUUGCAGCAGGACUGACAGAGCGAAACAAACCGACAUACAGACGCACACACAUAGAUACAGACACAUGCAGAUACACAUACAGGCACACAUAUUCACAUACAGACACACAGAUACAAAGGCACAUACAGACAUAUGCAGAUACUCACAUACAGACAUACAAACACAUGCAGACACACAGAUACAUAUAUAGACACAAGUAUUCACAUACAGACACACAGCUACAAAUACAGGCACACAGAUACACAUACAGACAAACAUAUUUCCAUAAAGACACACAGAUAAACAGGCAGGUACACAGAUUCACAUACAGAUACACAUACAGACAUGCAUCCAGAUACACAUACAGACACAAAUGCAGAUACACAGGUACACAUCAUCGGAGUUACUACAGGGACACAGCGCUGACUGGGCCUCUCACGACAUAUUACUAUCGGUGGCACACUGAGGGAGCCCAUUGGAUUUCCCAUGCAUUUAGGGACUAAAUGCAUGGGCCAUUCGAUGGGCUUCCUCAGCAUGCUGACCUACUGGCUGCAAUCAUUUCUUUAACUCCUUAAGGACCAGAUUUCUGGAAUAAAAGGGAAUCAUGACAUGUCACAAAUGUCAUGUGUCCUUAAGGGGUUAAAUAAAUAAAUUAUUGCGGGCAGAGGGCAAAUGGGCAGCUGCUUUAGGCCCCCAGGAGUAACUGGGCCCGGGGCAGCUGUCCCAUAUGCCCCUAGUUAAAGCCAGCCCUGGGUACAUUGGUCAUGUUUGGUCUUCUUUUGUAGAGAUUACCCUCCGCAUUCUGAAUAUAUAUCAUAGGAGGUAUAAUUCCUCCCUGGAGUAUUAUAAAUUUGCAUAUCAAAAGGGCCCAAUGAAUGCUGAGCAGAGCACCUUAAAAGAUGGGCAGCCAACUGGUCUGUAGAUGUAUAUUACACCCCACUUGUAAAUGUAAGGUUUUACAUCAGGCCAGUGUGACAAAGCUGGAUGUUUGGCGUAAGAGGAAGGAACAAACUUCUAACAAAAGGCACAUUCCUCUAGUGGUAGAGGCAUCCAAAUAAAGUUUCCGGUGCUGUAAUCAGUCAUACAACCCCAUUUGGCAACCACUCCAUGCAUCCACAACACAUAUCACAUUUAUUAACAACAUUUCUACAGUGAAACAAUGAACAAUGCUCGUUGGGCGUUACUGGGGUGGUGAGGUUUGAAUGCUGCACUCAGUAUAGCUUAAUUGCAGCACUCAUGGUUACUAGUAGUAAUUGGCACAGCUGGUGUGUAUGCUUUUAGAGUCCACAUGACUGUAUGCUGGUUUUUGCCAAGGGUAUUGACAUUGAAAGUGUAAAUGUCUCAUUGAAAUAUCUUUAUACCUGUGAAAACAAUAAACAAAGCAUUGACAUUCAUUGAUAUGAUUUUGUUUUGUUUCUGAGGAGAUUUGCUUACUUUUGGGGCAGUUUUAUCUGUCAUGACAGCCUGUGAUUAUCUCUUGCAGGACGCAAUCUGAAAGCCUGGCUUCAGGAUCAGUACUGUGACCACCCUUCAGAUCAAUGCCAGGACACACGUUUACACAACGCAGCUUGUGUGGGAGACAUUGAGACACUGAGAACCCUGUUACAGGAUGAGCGUUUCCUGCGGUAAUUCCAGGCAAAAGAAAUGAGCUCUGGAGAUACUGAGUCAAAGAGACAGGCUCACAACCCAUAUACAAACCUAAAUAUUUCAUCAUAUUCAAAUAUAGAGACUUACACAAACAAAUAUGAUAUCCCUUUAUAUCUGUCAAGUUGUAAUUCUCUUACAAACUUGCAAUAUGUUUCUCUUCAUCUUAUUAAGAAGCCUGUUCUAAGUCAUCAUCAUGUACUUUCACUGUUAUCUUAACCCAGGGAUAUUCUCAAAGAUAUUAUGUACUACCCCAAAAUGCUUUUGCACUUUUCUUUUUUUUCACUAUCUGUGGAUAGUACUUGAAAAUGAGAGAAAUCUCAUUGUAUCCUUCCUGGUAAAAUAUUUUAUAAAUAAAAUAAAUAAAAAAUGUCACCAUAACUAUCUUUGAUCUACUUUUAGCAUGUUUUGGUCUCUUCUGCUCUACAGUCCUUUUUUUAAUGUUUAUAUGCCUCAUAAGUAAUCCCUUAACCCCUAGAAUACUUUGUUCCUUUCCCACUGCUAAAAUUCAUUCAUUAUAUCUACUUACGACAUUUAAGAUCACAUUGUUCUGUCCCACUCAAUUUUUAUUUUAUUUUUUUUAUUCUUUAUUUUUCCAUCUUGGCAGACAUAGUGAUUGAUCAUUAGCAUAGUGGCUUGUGCAAAAGCCAAGUAACAUGUCAAACAUUUGAACAGUGUUAAAUAACAGGCAACCAGAGACACUGCAUGUUCAUCUAAGUAAUAUCUUCAUCACCGUCCACCAAGGAGUUUUUUAUUUUUUAGAAUAACAAUUAACUAAUACUAACUUGUGUCCCACUCAAAUUUUAACAAGUUUUUCACUUAUGCUAACUUGUGAUUUGCUCUCUUCUCUAUACCACCUUUUUAAUUAUUCAUUAUUCAGGUGUAUAGAUGAGCGAGCCGUGUGGUGCAGUGGUUGGCUGCCCUGCACUCCCUUGAGAAUUGCAGCCACUGCUGGUCAUGCGGACUGUGUGGCUCUUCUUAUCCACUUCGGGGCACAACUGGAGCUCGUAGAUGUUAAAGGCCAAACUCCUCUGUAUGUAGCGACAGAAAAUGGACACUUGGAAUGUGUGCAAGUUCUUCUGAAAGCUGGAGCAAACCCCAAUGGCAGUCCUCAUAACCGAAGCUCUCCAGUGUACAAUGCUGCACGUGUAGGGCGUGCUGAUAUUUUACACGAACUUAUUCAGUGAGUACCCAUACAGAUUGUGUGCAUAAUAGAGUGUCUACAAUGUCUGUGUUUGUAACGGAUAUAUUAAAAGAAAAUGUUUUGCAUAGUUCCAGUAAAAAGCUGUAUUAUAUGUGUGUGAACAUAGAUAGAGAAUAGCUGUUUCUCCAUUAGCAAGAUUUGUUGGGGAGGCCUGAGUCGGUUUAAGCCAGCUUUUAUCAGCAUAAUGCAGUGAGUGCUGAUCUGUCCAUUGAACAGCUUUGCAAAGACAACCUUUUUUCGUUACAGCGAGUUAAUCCUUUUUCAUGCUAUUGCCUGGGUAAGGUACUCCGGAAUAAAUAUCCCAAUUUGCUUUCUUUUAUUACUGUAAAAUGAAAUCUAAAGAAAUAUUUGCUUAUAUUUCCAUUUAACAUCCAGACAUGGAUGAAUACUGAAGCCCCAAAUGUUCCACUAGAUAGAACACUGAUUUUCUUGGAAUUUCCCCCUCCCUUGUACCUUUCGGCUUACGUAGUGUUGCCAUGGAUAUAUCCGGGGAAAACAGAAAAUUUACACCAUACUCACCAAUAUUUUCUUUUCCCGGAUAUGAGCCAUGGCAGCACUACGGUCCCACCCUUUCUAAUUUUUUUUUUUGUUCAUGGCUUUGAACUAAGACUGAAAGGGACAGGGGAGGAAGUCUCUUUUAUUAAUUAAUUAGGAGGUGGUUCCUGUCCAGUUGAUAAGGGGAGGAGCUAUACCCAUACAUAGGGCUGCCAUGGCUUAUAUCCGGGAAAAGAAAAUAUUGGUGUAAUUUUCUGUUUUUCUACUAUUUUUAGGAUUGUUUUGUUAUGGAGAUGUGAUUUGUAAGGGACAUGGAACUGGGUGGCAAUAAUCAUUUUCUUUUAGAUUUAUCUCACACCUCAUUCCUAAUUUUAAGGCUCUAGCAGUAUUGUUAUGGUUUCAAAAAGCCCGGACAGUGCUGAGCCACGCUAGUUAGGCUCAAAGUGCCACCAUUUUUCUGUAAUUGGACAGUUGCAACCUGUCAAUAUGUCUAUAGCAACUUUUCUUUUUUUUGUGUGUUUUUUUUUAGCUCUGCUGCAGCCUUUCAUGUCUCUUUUUUUUUUUUUUUUUCGCAAUUGCUUAUCUUUUGUUGGAUUUUUAUUGUUAACUUUGGUAGUGGUGGAGAUAUACUAAUUAUUCUUUAGUGAUCUGAGGUGUAUUCUAUGUCUGCUUGAGAAGGUGAGGUAAUGUACCACAAAAUUGCUUCACAUGGUAAAAUUGCUUUGCUAUUAAGCGUGUCUUUUAGAGUAGCGAUGAGAUAAAAAAGUGACAAACUAAUCACUGAUUUUGCAUAAACAUAUGUUUUUCUAAACCCUAAACUUCUCUAUAUUGUAAGGCAUAAAAAAAAACAAAAAAAAACUUUCCACAGGCAUAGCCGUUCUGAAAAUUCCUUAAACACUCAAUAAAGACUCUGCUGAGAUGAAUAAUUGCAUAAGGCUUUUAAGAAACUUAAUUUGAUAGAGACAAGUCAAUACAGUUGGUUAUCUAUUCUCCUCCUCUUAGGUUUGGUGCUGAUGUUGACAUUGAUCACCAGCUGUCAUUUCGUGGUUCUGGCUGUUCACUUCGGUCUCUGGCCUCCAGCCCAUUGUAUAUCAGUGCAGCAUAUCACAAUGUGUCCUGCUUCUUCCUCUUACUUCAAGCGGGUGCUAAUCCAGAUUAUAAUUGCUGGAACACUGAGUGUUUGGUGAACCUUCCACGAUCAGGACCAUCCUGUUUACUAGAGGCUAUCUUGCGUCAUGGAUUCGACCAUGAAUUUGUGAAACUUCUUAUUGACUUUGGAGCAGAUCUGAAUUUGGUGCAUGGUGUCCCAGCUGUGGAACAGCACCCACAAAUGAGUUUGAACCCCAGAGCUAUACAACUUUUCAAAGAGGCAAAAAGUAAGUGUUUUUUUUUUUUAUGUAAGUGAAAGGCUAUAUGAGAACAUGCAAGUAAAGGCAAGCAGUGUGUGUAUGAUGAAUUCAUACUUUCCAUGGGUGUGGAAUGCAGGUCAAUGAAACAUACAUAACAUCAAAAACAUUCCCUUGCUUGUUGUAGAAUGCUCUAUAGGUAUUAAUUUACCUUUAAUUUAAUUUUAACCCCUGUUACUGACAUACUGAGCAAGCACUAAAAACGGUGGAACAGGGACCAACAUUUUCACUUGCCAUUGGUAAGUGGUAGUACAGCCUUAGAAAGCCUGAGCAGGCCCAGAGAUAUGGCAGAGGGUGGGGGUAAAUGGUGCAAAUGUUGGAUGCCAUUUGGUAUAGCAUUUUACUUUUACAGGUGGCUACAUAGUACAUGCGACUGUUGAUUUUGUGGCCUGCUUAUAGUGGAGAAAAUUCUUUUUCAGAAGGCUCAAGAAAUAGAACCAUUGUUAGUUGAAAGUAACACAUACAUAAGAUUUAAGCAUGCUUUCUCCAUCUCCUGUCAACUUUUUUUCGGUCAAAAAAAGGCUCUUGUAUAUCCCCACUGUAUAACUUUGCUGCAGAAUAUGUUGCUAUUAAAAAAGUUAAUAAAGUCAAUUGAACUCUACCUUUGCUAGUUUUUAUCUUCUCAGAUCCCUGCAUAAUUACAGAAUUAGCAAGGAGCUGUGCAGAUCAUAACUGCAAGAGGUACAGUUCCAUGCUUUACCUUGCAGUCUGCUAGAUGUCAGAGAUGUGGCCUCCCUAUAUGGAAAAAGUAGACAAACAGGAAGCAUAAUAAUGUGAAAAAAUAAUUUAAAGUGUAAGUUUAUUGCGAAGGUUUGGUUACAUGAGGAAUGAGUGGCAAAUGUUUUGAGUAACGUGGAAUUGGGUAUAGGUGUGCAAAUACAUUUAUAGCCCUGUAGUCACAGACUUUCAUUCUACCCUACUGAAAAGAAGUACUAUGCGUGCAUGUAUAUUGAGUAACUUAUAAGACAUGGCUAGAACUGUAGGACUUGAAAUUAUGUGUCGUGCCAUGAAUACUUAAUAUAUGCAAACCAAGCCUUUUAUUUUAAAUCAACUGUCAAUUUGUUUUAUAUCUACAUGGAUUAGGUUGUUUUUUUUUUUUUUCUGACCACUGGAUCAAUCAAUAUAUGUGUCCUGCAUCUUUUACUUUUUUCCCUUUCUAACAUCUAACCUUUGGUUGCUGAUGGUAAAUUGCUACCUCUGUUGUAGGUUGUCCACGGACCCUCUCCCAGAUGUGCCGUAUAACUGUGAGAAGGGCACUUGGGAAACACAGACUGUCCUCUGCCUGCAGGCUGCCUCUACCUCCCCGCGUCCUGAGCUUCCUUCUGUAUGAAGACACAUGCAACACCUGCACCUGAGAAAACCAAAAACACAUCACACUUAGGAAUGUGCUCCACGCUGAAAUCAUAUGAUGCAUGUUUCCUUUGCUGGGGGAACUUGUUUUCUUUGAGAGUGCCUUAUUGCUUAUAAUAAGUUAAAAAAUGACACGAAGAUGCUCAUGUCACUGGUGAGUCACUAGAGAGUACAGAACAAAAUGUCUUAUGGUAUUGCUGGAGCAGUUGAUAAUUAUCUACUCCAAAAUUUGUAUAUAAGAGUGUGGCCUUGAAUGUAUUUUCUUCCUAGGUAUGACUUAUCUGUUUGACCUGACACGUGUGUUCAUGCCUUACAUGCCUGCCCGCCACCAUUUUUUGUAUUAUUAAACUCAUUGUGGUUCUUUUAAGAACGCCAAGGAAAAGAAAGCUAUUGCACUAUAAUGUGGAAAUAACUAUUUUUAUUCAAUAUGUAUCACCAGUGUAAAACCUUUUCUACAAGCAAUGCAUGUUUUUUCCCUGUAUAUAUCCAGGGGAUGUAAACAUACUUGUUGUUUUUAUCUACUUGAUUAAGGAGGUUAAUUGGGAUAAAAGAAUAACCUGCUAAACCAACUUUAAUUUGUAGUUGAAGGAGAGGACGCAAUUUUAAGGAGGUAUUUUUUAGCUUCUGUACAGGAAUAGAAAAAUGAUUAACUGAAUGGGGGUGCUUAUAAGUGCUUUUAUUGUUAAUUUAUUAAUGAAAUCAUAUAUGAGUGGUAUUACACUUUACAACGAUAAAAAAAACACAAAAUAAAGUGUCACAACAUGCUAAUACUCCAAUGUGUAGUCUGUUUAAUUUAUAUAGGUUUCAAAUGUAUACUGUACUAAUCACAAGGUAUACUGUAUUAAUACCUUCUACUUAAUGUUCACUUUAUCAAUAAGUGUAGUAUAGUCACAGAUACCCAAAUCUACAUAGAUAGGGAUUUGGGAUAGCUGCAGGUUUUUUGAGUGCUGGUGAUUGUAGUGUACUAGCAAUUAGCAGCUAGUGAUAGGCUGAGACUAACUCCCAAUGCUUCUUAAUGAUUCCCUUCUCUGCUCAGAACAGUGACCAAGCAGAGAAAGGGCUGGAGAGCGUCCUCAGGAGCAUCCUAGGUGUUAUGUGUUUCAAAUUGCCUUAAC